AUGAACGGGACUUCGGCCAAUGCCGUGUGUGCAAUAUGUGGAGACAGAGCAACUGGAAAACACUAUGGUGCAUCUAGUUGUGAUGGAUGCAAAGGAUUUUUCCGUCGCAGUGUAAGGAAGAACCAUGUGUAUUCCUGUCGUUUCAGUCGAACAUGUGUGGUUGAUAAAGACAAGCGUAACCAGUGUCGCUACUGUCGACUGAAAAAAUGUUUCAGAGCUGGUAUGAAAAAAGAAGCUGUUCAAAAUGAAAGGGACCGAAUCAGCACUCGUAGAACCAGCUACGAAGACAACCUAACCAGCGGCAGUAUGUCUGUAAAUAUGCUUCUAAAUGCUGAAGUUCUUUCCCGUCAGAUGGCGCCACCAUUGUCAGAGAACACCAUAUCAUCGAAUAAAAAGGUUGCGGUGCUUGAAGACAUAUGUGAAAGCAUGAAGCAGCAGUUAUUAGUGUUAGUGGAAUGGGCCAAAUAUAUACCUAGCUUUUGUGAAUUACCAUUAGAUGACCAGGUGGCACUUCUGAGAGCUCAUGCUGGUGAACACCUGGUGCUGGGAGUGGCUAAACGUUCACUCAAUUACAAAGACAUCCUACUGCUUGGAAAUGAUGUCAUAAUACCGAGACAUGCUCCACAGUUGGAAAUCAGUCGGAUUGCAGCACGGAUACUUGACGAGCUGGUGAAACCGCUUCAUGAUGUCCAGAUAGAUGAUCACGAAUUUGCGUGUUUGAAAGCGAUUGUUUUCUUUGAUCCAGAUGCCAAAGGUUUGAGCGACUCAAUGAAGAUUAAAUCGUUACGAUAUCAAGCACAGAUAAACCUGGAAGACUACAUUAACGACCGACAAUACGACUCGAGAGGCCGCUUUGGAGAAAUCUUAUUGGUGUUACCAUCACUACAGAGUAUCACAUGGCAUAUGAUAGAGCAAGUGCAGUUUGCCAAGUUGUUUGGUGUCACUAAGAUAGAUAAUCUACUCCAAGAAAUGCUGCUUGGAGGUACAAGCAAUGACACACAACAUAGCAUGAUGGCAGCAGCAGCAGCCAAUCCUACAACAGACCAUCUAACCAACGGCCACCCUAUAAUGCAUCAACUGCAACCGAGUGAAGCAUCUAUCAGUGCAGCAUCCCAUCCUACAGCAAGUGAAUUUCUGAAACUGCAACAAGUUGCUGCACAUGGGCCAAAACGUGAAGAUUUAUCUGAUAUGGAUUAUACAAGAGCCGCUGUAGUAGCCAGCUCCACGCAUGCAUUCAAAAGAGAAGUCAUCGCAGCAUCUAGUGGUAUCCGAUAUGAAGACAUGACCACUGUCGCCGUAACUGCUGCAAGUACACCACCUACUAUAACCACUAGUGCCACUCAAACAAGAGUGACUGCAAGUUGA